CGAAACUAGGUGAAGGCAACGAUCAUUGAAGACAAUAACCUUGAGGGACGUGGAGUUCCUGGGGUUAGUUCCAUUUUGCUUUUGGGACCGAGGGAGUAUCAUGCUUGGGAUCUCUUACGGAGAACUAUUCCUGUUGCUUGGAGCCACUGCUGCAUUGAUCGGACCUAAGGAUCUACCAAUAAUAGCAAGAACAGCUGGGAGAUUAGCUGGUCGAGCCAUUGGCUAUGUCCAGUUGGCUCGUGGCCAAUUUGAGAAUGUUAUGCAGCAAUCUCAAGCUCGCCAGGUCCACAAGGAACUUCAAGAUACAAUGGCUCAACUUGAAGCCAUACGUCAUGAAAUUCGAAGCAUAUCCAUCUUGAAUCCUGGUCCAUUAACUCGGAGGCUUGUAGAUAACGUUGAUCCUUCAUCUGGUUCUAAUGAUUUAGCCAGCAGUGUUCCUGAAAACCAAGAUGCACAGGAUACACCCAAAGCUGUUGCUUCCAAGCCUUAUACUGAACAAACAAAUGGAGGAAGUAUAUCAUCAGCUACAAUUUCCAAGGCCUCAGAUUCAUGUAUUGUGCACAGCCAAGCAACUGCAUUUGCAAGAUUGGCUGAAUCCUCUGUCCCAAAGCUUGGCUCAUUGCAAAGUGGUGCAGUUGCAGGAAAUUUUGUUGAUGAGGGUCUUCUAAAUAUUCUACCUGUGUCUGCUGAAAGUACUGGGAUGUUGCCAAAUCGCCAAGAUGAUGUGAAAGGAUCUGACGUCCUGUUGGAAGCUAUACUGGAGGCCGAGGUGGCUCACAAUGCCAAGGAUUUUUUUGCACAGCCCCAAAAUCAAAUAAAAUAAAAAUAAGUUGGUAUCUUAUUUUUUGAAUGAUUUUGGUGCUUCUGAUGCAACUCCAGAAACUGCUGCUUAUUGCUUAUGGUAAUUGGCACUAGAGGGAAAACUAACCUCCGCAUGACAUUGAGUGCGGCUGUAAAUGAAAUAUAUGUAACUGUGAAUUAGGUUACAUGGUCCCAAAAGCUUGGAUCACGUGAGCAUUAUUGUUUAGUAGUACGUGAAGGAUGUUUCAUUUGAGUAAAUCCAAUAGGGAAUUUUCUUCAA